AUGAAUAACUAUGUACAUCCUAACUCCGCACGAUGUGAUAAAAGUGAAAUUGAUUUAUUUGAUAUUCCUUCUACGCAACUCAGUUUGGAAAAAGGACGAUGGAUUGAUUAUCACGCACUCUCUAGUGUAGAAAAUGAUGAUGGACCAAUUACAUUUCUAAUAGCAGGUACCGAAGAUUAUAUUGACAUGUCAAAAAUGAUUCUUGUAAUUGAAUUAAAAAUUACAAAAUCAGAUGGUACACCUCUAGGGGGAAAUGAACAAUCAAGUGUAGCUCCUAUUAACAAUUUUCUACACAGCCUGUUUAAACAAGUUGAUGUCUACCUAAAUGGAAAACAAGUUACACCUGCUAUGGGUACCUAUGCUUAUCUUGCCUAUUUGGAAACUCUUCUAAACUAUGACGUCUCAGCAAAACAAUCUCAACUCACCUCAGCAUUAUACUACAAAGAUACCCCCGGACAUAUGGAUAGCACAGGAAGUCUUCCAACAGAAGAAUCUGUUACAGUUGUUACAGGACAUGCCAGCAGGGGACAUCCAACAACAAAAACUUUAAAAUACUUAGUACCAGAAAGUGGAAAUCAAGGUUUUGCUAAACGUCAUAAAUUUAUUCAAGAUGGAAAACUAUUGGUAAUGGCAGGACCUAUUUUUUGUGAUGCAUUUAUGACAGAACAAUUAUUACUCAGUAUGGUGGAUCUUAAAGUAAUUCUAAAUAGAAAUUCAGACAAAUUCUGUUUAGUGGAUAAGAAUAAUGUUGUUAUGAAUGCAAAAGUCAAACUUGUGGAUGCAACACUUAAAGUACGUAAAGUUAAAGUCAACGAUACUGUUAGUAAAGCACACGAAAUGGCCCUAAGAUCUGUACCUGCUACCUACCCUAUACGACGUGUCGAAUGUAAAGCCUUUACCAUCCCUGGGAAUCUUCCCCAAAUAAGAAAAGAUAAUAUGUUUGCAGGAAUUAUUCCAAAAACAUUUAUAUGUGGAUUUGUAGAGGCUGAUGCUUUUAGCGGUGUUUAUGGUAAAAACCCCUAUAACUUUCAACACUUUAAUGUGUCAUCAGUAACAUUAACAGCCAACGAAGAAGAAAUACCUUUCAAACAACAACACACUAUUCUCUGGUACAGGAAAAAUGAACAUGAAUACAGGUCUUGA